AUGUCUCUAGAUAGGUCAUUACGAAAGAAAAUGGAAGAUAAAGCUCGAUCAAAUCCAACAUUUGAACAAGAAGCAAGAGAUUGGAUUGAGCAAGUAAUUGGAGAAAAACUUGAUCCUGAGAAGAAUUUAAUUGAUAAUUUGCAUGAUGGAGUUGUCCUAUGCAGAAUUGCAAACGCUAUAGGGCCCCAUCAGGUACGCUACAAGGCUUCUGACAUGCCGUUUGUUAAGAUGGAAAAUAUUGCUGCAUUUCUUGAUUUUGUCCAGAAACUAGGGGUCCCUAACUAUGACCUGUUUCAGACCAUCGACUUAUAUGAACGGAAAAAUCCAUACCAAGUUAUUCAGUGUAUUCACUCUCUCUCCCGCUAUGCAGUUCAAAAUGUUGGUUUUCAUGUUCCUGCACUUGGUCCAAAGCUCGCUACUACUAGAAAAAUCAAUUUUACAGAAGAGCAGCUUAACAAAGCAAAAAAUAUGACUAAUCCCUUUCAAUAUGGCUAUGUUGCUGGCCUAAGUAUAUUUUGUUCUGUCUUGUAUUCUUAA